AUGCUCCUUCCAGCUCUGGGUGGCUGGGUAUUCUUCCAAGCUCCCAUCCAUGGCUCCUCUUGCCUUCCUCCUCCUAUUCGGCCAAAUCCUACUCUGCACAGCCAUCGACACCAUCAACUCCACCACACCGUUGUCCGGGUCACAGAAGAUUGUGUCCCAGGGCAGCAAGUUCACCUUGGGCUUCUACUCUCCACCACUUUCCGCUACUACAUAGCCAUAUGGUAUAGCACUGUACCACUGGUGACCACCGUGUGGACGGCAACCACCGACGUGGUGGUGUCUGACCCGACCACCGCCUCCUUGGAAAUUGCCGGCGACGGCAAUCUUGUCCUCCGUCAUAUAGCCACGAACCGGCAGCUAUGGUCGACUAAUUUAAGUAUAGCCUCCAACUCCACCAUGGCCAUCAUCAGGGACAGCGGUAGCCUGGAACUAACCGAUGCCUCCAAUUCAUCCAUGGUUUAUUGGCAAAGCAUAGACCAUCCCACGAACACCUUUCUUCCAGGGUCCAAGCUCGGGCUGAACAAAACUACGGGUCUGAGCCAGAAGCUUGUUCCUUGGAAGAACAACGUAGACCCAUCUCCUGGGUUGUUCUCUCUGGAGCUUGACCCCAAUGGCAGCAUGCAGUACUUCAUUCGGUGGAAUGAAUCCGUAAACUACUGGACCAGUGGCCUCUGGGACGGCAAUAGAUUCAGCCAUAUGCCAGAGAUGACGGCCGAUUACGUUUACGACUUCCAAUUCGUCAACAACGCCAAAGAAAGCUACUUCUACUACUCGAUGAAGAAUGAUUUAGUAGUCUCGCGGUUCAUCAUUGACGUGACCGGACAGAUCAAGCAGCUGUCAUGGUUGGAUUCCAGACAGCAGUGGGUCUUGUUCUGGGCCCAGCCACGGACUCAGUGUGAGGUGUAUGCUCUCUGUGGGGCAUACGGCUGCUGCAGCCUUGAUGCCCUGCCGUACUGCAACUGUGUCAAGGGGUUCAGCCUGAAGGUUCAGAGUGACUGGGAUCUCCAGGAUUAUAGUGGUGGGUGCAAGAGGAACACACCAUUGCAGUGCCAGACCAACUCGACUUCUGCACAAACUCCGUCUGAUAAGUUCCAUCUCAUGGAAGAUGUGCGCCUACCUGAUAACGCUCAGAGUGCAGUGUCUACAAGCUCUCAGGAAUGUGAGGUGGUUUGUCUGAAUAGUUGCUCUUGCACAGCUUACACUUACAAUUACACUGGGUGCUUUGUUUGGCAUGGGGACCUGAUUAAUCUCCAAGAACAAUACAGGGGAAUUGGAGGAGGCACACUCCUCAGGCUUGCAGCAUCCGAGCUGCCAGAUCAGCAAAGGAACAAAACAAUGGUCAUUGGUUCAAUUGUUGGUGGGGUUGCUGCAGUUUUGAUAACCCUUGCAAUUGUGUUGUUCUUUCUAUCUCGGAUGUGCCGCCGAGACAGGACUUUUCGGAUAUCCAAGACUGACUUCAGAUACAGUGAUCUGCUGGAUGAUAUUCAAAGCAUUGAUUCACUUCUUCUUGAUCUGUCAACACUAAGAGUAGCUACAAAUGACUUUGGUGAAGGAACUAUGCUUGGUAAAGGAGGUUUUGGGAUGGUUCAUAAGGGAGUCCUGCCUGACGGUAAACAAAUAGCAGUAAAAAGGCUAUGUAAGAGUUCCAAACAAGGAAUAGGGGAACUGAAAAGUGAACUAGUCCUGGUUGCUAAGCUUCGCCACAGGAAUCUUGUGAGCCUCAUUGGUGUUUGUUUGGAAGAACAAGAGAAAAUACUUGUGUAUGAAUUUAUGCCCAACAGAAGCCUUGAUACCAUUCUUUUUGAUUCUGAGAAAUGCAAAGACCUAGACUGGGGAAGGAGAUUCAAGAUUAUCAGUGGAGUUACUAGGGGAUUGCAAUAUCUCCACGAAGAUUCUCAAUUGAAGAUAGUUCACCGGGACCUGAAAGCAAGCAAUAUUUUGUUGGACUUCGAUUAUAACCCUAAGAUUUCUGACUUUGGCUUAGCAAAGAUAUUUGGAGGGGAUCAAUCAGAAGAUGUCACUAGACGUAUUGCCGGGACAUAUGGAUAUAUGUCGCCUGAAUAUGCCAUGCAUGGUCAAUACUCAGCAAAGUCAGACGCGUUCAGCUUCGGUGUUUUAGUUUUGGAGAUCGUCACGGGAAGAAGAAACAACGGCUCCUGCAACUCCGGGCAAUAUGUUUAUCUCGUAAAUCUUGUAUGGGAACACUGGACCAGGGGAAAUGUUGUCGAGUUGAUCGAUCCAUCCCUUAGCGGCCAUCCUUCUCACGUUGACCAGGUGCUGAAAUGCAUCUGA